AUGGUGGAGAUCAACAAUUUGAGUCCGAGAAGGCCUGAACGCUCAUUGGUUACCAACAUACUGUCCGGUGCAUCGGUCUUUCGCCUAUAUAUGGCUCUUAUAGCGAAGAUUGGCUUUCACUUGAACAUCGGCGCCAACGACGAUCAUGGGCCGCAUAUGCAGGUCGGCGACGAAAAGUACGAAGUGCCACUUGAGCCACUUUGCGCUGUGAACCGGUUGGUCUACCAGUCCGAGACCGUCAGGCCGUCAGCAAUUGGUAACCCGAAAUGGAACAUCUCACGACCCAAUUUUGUCAGAAAUUCCACGUUGGGCGCCACAGCAUUCCCCGAAACGCAGGCACAGGGUCUCGCAAAGGUGAAGGGAGAAAACACGUCGUGCCACCCGAUCAUCCGUUCUGCGCUUCUUUCGCACGUAAUUUAUUGGCGGUAUGGGGGAUCCGAAGAAACGCAGUCGUCCGCGUGGUCUGGAACUGCAGACAUUCAGGUAGGACAAAUGCAACAGUCUGCCCAACGUCUGCGCGUACAAGCAGAAGAACGGUGUAUAUAUCCCCAAGCACAGUCCACCUUUGUACGCAUUGCAUGCCCUCUUGUUCGAUAUUACCAACCAUCACCGUCAGAGAGGCGACGAAUAAUGAGAGGCUCAUCCAAGCGCUGCUGCUCUCCUUCUGACAUGGAACUCGGCGACGGGUCUCAGCUGCUUGGGCUAGCCGAACCCCCGGGUCCACGGUCGAUGCAACCCUCCACUAUUUGA